AUGGCUAAUCUGAGCAAUGUGGUGAAUUUCAACGAAGAACUCGUAAUUCGGAACUGUUUUUUGAAUUAUGGCAAAAAUUUGAGUUUUAUUCCAUGCCUACGGUAAUCUACAGUACCCCUACAGUACUCCCCCUCUACAGUACCCUCAAAAAACACGUUUCAGAUUAAUGAUGGCAGUGGAGAAGGCCGAAGAAUGGGGCGUUGCGGAAUGCGGCGCGGAUACCGCGCGGAGCCUUCCGCUCUACCGCCAUUCGAUCAAAUUUCUGACGGGCUGUGAUUAUGUGGAGAUUUGUGAGUGAAACAACGAGGCUCCGCGUUUACGCGGAGCAUUUUUGAAUAUUUUGGGGUAGGGAAAGUAGGCUAGGAUUUUUGACAGCCUCAAGGAAUUUUCAAAGAGUAGGGAAAAUAUGCUAGGAUUUUUGACAACCCCAGGAUUUUCCGGUAGGAGUUGGGCAGUGAGAUUUUUGACAACCUCUAGAAAUUUUCGGGGAGUAGGGAAAAUAUGGCAGGAUUUUUGACAGCCUGGAAAUUUUCCAGAGAGUAGGGAAAAUAUGCUAGGAUUUUUGACAGCCUCAAUAUGAGGAUGUCAAAAAUAACACCGUAAAUUACCUUACAGGGCUUCAGAGGGCUUGGGAGGGCUUCAGAGGGCUUUAGAGAUCUCGGGAGGGCUUCAGAGGGCUUCAGAGGGCUUCAGGGAGGGCUUCAGAGGGCUUCAGAGCCCUGAAAAGCCUCGUGAAGCCCUGUAAAGCCCUCUAGAGCCCUCUGAAGCCUAUAAAGCCCUCCAGAGCCCUGUAAAGCCUUGUGAAAAUCUGUAAAGCCCUCUGAAGCCCUCUCAAGCCCUCUAAAGCCCUGUGAAGCCCAUUAUAGCCCUUUAGAGCCCUCUGAAGCUCUCUAGAGCCCUCCAGAGCCCUGUAAUGCCCUCUCAAGCCCUGUAAAGCCCUCCAAAGCCCUUCAAAGCCCUCUCCAUCCUUAAAACCCUCCAAUGUUUUUCCAGUAUACCUGCAAUACCUGGUCCCACCCCUAAUGAUCCUCUGCUUCAUCGGCAACAUGCUGAACCUUCUCAUCUACGGUCUCCCCCUACUUCGACGGCUCAUCAAGUGUGCAUUUCCUGCGAGCCAAGGCCGUCUUCAACAUGAUCUUCGUCUUUUCAAGAGUCAUCGAAGUGCUCCACGCCUCAAGCCCCCCGUUGGACCCAUUCGAUUGGCUCGAGCCCUUCUUCUGGUCCACCAAACCCUAUCUGAUGUGGAUCUCGAACAUCAGUGGAACUAUGUCGACGUGGCUAACACUUAUGGUAACCAUGGAGACUGUCAUGUGUAUUAUGUGGCCGUUUGUGUUUCGCAAGUACUGUACGAAGCGGGUGACGUGGAUUUUUUUGAUUUUGUCGCUUUUGGCGGCCACACUUUUGAUGAGCACACUUUUGAUGACGGUGGAUGUUGAGGAGAGGAUUCAUGUGGCUAAUUAUACGGUGAGUACGAGGCUACGGGUUUACACCUUUAAAUUUGGGCUUCCAAACGAUGCUCCAGGUUUACACUUUUGAAUUUUGGCUUCCAAACGAUGCUCCAGGUUCACACCUUUGAAUUUGAGCUUCCAAACGAUGCUCCGGGUUUACACCUUUAUAUUUGAGCUUCCAAACGAUGCUCCAGGUUUACACCUUUGAAUUUGAGCUUUCAAACGAUGCUCCAGGUUUACACCUUCAAAUUUGGGCAUUCAAACGAUGCUCCAGGCUUACACCUUUGAAUUUGGGCUUCCCAACGAUGCUCCAGGUUUACACCUUUGAAUUUGAGCUUCCAAACGAUGCCCCGGGUUUACACCUUCAAAUCUGAGCUUCCCAACGAUGCUCCGGGUUUACACCUUUGAAUUUGAGCUGUCAAACGAUGCUCCAGGUUUACAUCUUUGACUUUGGGCUUCCAAACGACGCUCCGGGUUCACACCUUUAAACGACACUCCGCAUUUACAGCUCCCCGAACCCCAAGAUUCCACAUGUUGGUAUUUGGAGUCGUCAUUUCGACUGUUCAAUCGACCCGAAUUCGAUUUUCUGCGUCGAAUUCUGAUCACAACCACGAUGGCUGUUUCGAUUGUUCUCCCGACUAUCGCGAUGUUGGUCUGCACUAUUUUGAUCAUUAAGCAAUUCACGUUUAAGGUAGGGGUACUGUAGGGCCUCGGGAGACCUCGGGAGACCCCGGGAGACCUUGGGAGCCAUCGGGAGACCUCGGGAGACCUCGGGAGACCUUGGGAGACCUCGGGAGACUUCGGGAGACCUCGAAAGACCUCGGGAGACCCCGGGAGACCUCGGGAGACCUCGGGAGCCCUCGGAAGACCUCGGGAGACCUCAGAGCAGGUUACUGUAUGUCCCUUUAAUUUUCAGAACCUCGGCGAAGCCUUCUCGCAACGUCGAAAAUGUGUGAUCCGAAUGACGGUGGCCACCACACUUCUACACCUGCUCCUCGAGGGUCCCGCCACGAUUUCGCACGUCGUCAGCGCGGUUGAGGUGAGUUUUUGGCCAUGUCGGGUCUCAAAACGCUCCGAAUUCCACGUGGAUUUUGAAUUUGGCGCGAAAAGCUAUCGAUUUUUCAUUACAGAAAACCGAAGUGAGCUAUAUGAUGUGUGUGAUAAAUCACAGUAACAAUUUGUUGUGUCUGGUGAAUGCGACAAUUCCGUUUUUCGUGUUUUUGAUGUAUAACGAGCAAUUCCGACAUAUGACUGUUAUGUAUAUUAAGGUAGGGGCUUUUGAGGGGGCCUUGUCGAGCCCAAGACAGGCUUGUCGAGCCUUGUCAAGCCUUCGCAGAGCCUAAAACAGCCUUGCAGAGCCUUUGUCGAGUUUUGCAGAGCCUGUAACAGCCUUGUCGAGUACUGUCGAGCCUUUUCCAAGCUUUGGAGAGACUUUACAGAGCCUAAAACAGUCUUGUCAAGCCUCGUCGAGCCCUGUCAAGCCCUGUCGAGCCUGACAGAGCCUUUGCAGAGCCUAAAACAGCCUUGCAGAGCCUUUGUCGAGCCUUUGUCGAGCCUUGCAGAGCCUGAAACAGCCUUGUCGAGCCUUGCAGAGCCUAAAACAGCCUUGCAGAGCCUUUGUCGAGCCUUUGUCGAGCCUUGCAGAGCCUGAAACAGCCUUGUCGAGCCUUUUCCAAGCUUUGAAGAGCCUCCAAAGCGCCUAAAACAGACCUUGCAGAGCCUAAAACAGACCUUGCAGAGCCUAAAACAGUCUUGCAGAACCUCGCCGAGCCUAAACCAGCCUAGAACAGCCUUGGCGAGCCUCGACAGAGCCUAAAUUAGCCUUGAAUAAGCCUUGCAGGACUCUCGCAGAGCCUAAACCAGCCUUGUCAAACCUUUUCAGAGCUUAACACAGCCUUGCAGAGCCUAACCAACCUAACAGAGCCCAAAUUUUCUGAAAUUCCUAUCCAAAUAUUUCCAGGCUCUCAUGCAAACCGACGAAACCAAACGAAAAGCCUAUUUCUCGCAGGCCGGAAUGCGAUGCAGUCGAAUGUCUCGAAUCGAAACCGAACGAAGUAUGGUCGAACACAGUCGAUUCGCUUCAAGACCUUCCAAUGUUUAG